AUGGCACUUUUAUCAGAUUCAAUCUACAAGUUAACCGAAGAUAAUUGUCAAGGUGAGCACCUGAAUGUAGAUCCAAACAACACUCUCUGCAUACAUUAUCUUCAAGUGGUAGAUAAGUGUCUUGAAAGAAUUCGCACGGCCCACGUUUUAGAGCCUUUUUGUGAAUCUUCAAAUGCCAUAAAAUCUCAUAUCUUCAGGAGGGACUUAAGAUCUCUUGACAAAACUUCUGUGGAUAUUAUGUCGUUGCCUCAACUUCAGAAACAAUGGUGUCGUGAUGACAACUAUGUGUACUCCUCUAUAUGGGCCAAUAGCAGAGACGUUCGAGAGGCUCUUAACAUUCGUGAGGAGUUAAACGAAAUCGAGUGGGUGCGAUGCAAUGAAACCUUGCAUUUUCAUUUUGAUAAGGAACCCGUAUCUUACUUUCAUAAUGUCCCGAGUGUGGUUUCCUAUCAUCGAAACCUUACUGAUAAAAAUUGUCGAGCUCUUGUAUAUAGUGGAGAUCAUGACAUGGUUGUUCCGUAUAUGGCUACAAUGAACUGGAUUGAAUCGCUAAAUCUGUUAGCUGUGAAUGACUGGAGACCUUGGUUUGUCGAUGAACAAGUAGCCGGAUACACUGUGAAAUACUCGAACCAUGAAUACAGCUUAACCUAUGCUACUGUAAAGGGAGGAGGUCACACAGCUCCAGAGUACAAACCUAAAGAAUGCUUAAGAAUGCUUAUGAGGUGGCUUGCUAAGGAGGCUCUCUAAAUAACAAUCAUAUAGUUAAUGUUUAUUUCCUCUGUUGUAUGCACAGCUACUCAUAUCUUGUACCUUCUAUAAGUAAAUUUCAACAUAUUUUCUUAGUUAGGUUUACCCUAAUUUUGUUCUAUAUAUAGUUUCUUUUUCCUCUCUUUGUAAUUACACUUUUUAUUAAUGAUGUAGCCCUAGAAGUCUUUCGCUC